AUGAAGCUCUUCGUGGUAUUCUUGGCCCUUGUAGCCUUCACCAGGGGCCAGUUUAAUCCGUACUUUUGGCCUGGACACAAUACUAUUGUUUACCUCCUGGACUGGAAGUACUCAGACGUUGCUCUGGAAUGUGAGAACUUCCUUGGACCGAAAGGCUUUGGUGGAGUUCAAGUAUCGUCCCCUUCAGAAAAUGCCAUUAUUACUGAUCCCUACAAUCGUCCAUGGUGGGAACGCUUCCAUGUUUUAUCCUACAUAAUCGGCUCGAGAUCUGGCAAUCAGGAUGACUUUGCAGACAUGACUGCUAGAUGCAACAAAUGCGGAGUUCGCGUUUUUGUAGAUGCUAUCUUUAACGAAAUGGGUGGUUUACCAGAUAUGGUUGGAACAGCUGGAUCUACUGGAGACGGCCCAUCAAGGACUUUCCCUGCUGUUCCCUAUGACAGCUCAAACUUUCAUCCACCUUGCCCUAUUCAAUCCUGGCUACAUGCCUUCAUCGUUCGAAAUUGCGAAAACGCAGAUUACUUGCCUGUACCUGAUUUGGAUCAAUCCCAAGACUACGUCAGGGAACAAAUUGUUACUUAUCUAAAUAAUUUGAUAAGUCUCGGAGCUGCUGGUUUCCGUAUUCUUCAUGUUAAGCACAUGUGGCCAACGGAUCUGGAAGCUAUCUACAGUAGUCUCUCGAAUUUAAAUGAAGACUACGGAUUUUCUCCAAACUGCCGACCAUACAUCUAUCAGGAUAUCGCUGAAAUGGAGGUGGAAGCUGUAAAUAGGUAUGAAUACAUCCCCCUAGGGCUUGUGUCUGAAUACAAUGCUUCAGAGAGCUUGUCAGACAUUUUCCGUGGCAAUCGACCUCUAAGUGUUUUGGCCACUUGGGGGGAGCCAGAAUGGAAUUUUGUUCCAUCGGAAAAUUCCAUUGUUUUUGUGGAAAACGAACAAGAUGAGCGGGAUAACUUUUACUAUGGUAGAGCCCUUAACUACAAAGAUGGUAAACCCUACAUAAUGGCUAUUGCUUUCCUCUUGGCUCAUCCCUUUGGCAAUCCACUCCUUAAUUCGGAUUACGAAUGGUCGGAUUCUGAUCAAGGCCCUCCAAUGGAUGAUGAUCAGAACAUUCUUUCGCCGGUUAUUAACAAGAAGGGAACCUGUGAUAGUCCUUAUGUAUGCCAACAUAGGUGGCCUCAGGUUUGCAGCAUGGUUACAUUUAGGAAUCAAGUUGGUGACGCCAGUUUCUGCAACUUCUGGUCCAACGGCAACAAUCAGAUCGCCUUUGCGCGUGAAGGACAAGGCUUCAUUGUCUUUAACAAUAACGACAAGAAGCUGUGGCAGACUCUGCAGACAACUCUUCCUGAGGGAACCUACUGUGACGUCAUCUCAGGUUAUGUUAAGAAUGAUGAAUGCACUGGAAGGAGCAUUGAGGUUGCAGACGAUGGAACAGCUGAAUUCAUCAUCUACACUGAUGAUCCAAAUGGGGUCAUUGCUAUUCAUACUGGACAGAUGUUGUAA